UACCUUUUUAGGGUUUGUUAAAAACAGGGGAUAAGAUGGCGCUCGCAAUGGCUAUGGCGCCAUCGCUGGGAAGAACACUCGCCCUACGCCCAAUCUCCUCCUCCUCCUCUCGAUUAGGUCUCGAUGCGUCCUCGUUCGCGCCCACGGCCGCGGCGUCGUCCCUCUCAUCCGCGCGGGGAGCGCUCUUCUCAGGAGGAUCGUCGUGGGGGCUCUUCUCGGCGCCGGUGUGCGUGGAUGGAGCGAAGAAGCGGCCGCGGCAGCUGGUAGUGAGAGCGGGCAAGGCAUCCAUGGCAUGCACCAAGAGAUCCAGGUCUCGCAAGUCGCGGGCGAGGGCGCAGGGAUUCCGGAAGAGGAUGUCGACGCCCGGCGGGAGGAAUGUGCUGCGGCGGCGGCGGCGAAAGGGCCGCAAGGUGCUCGUCCCUCAAUCCAAUCCCAACAGUGGAAAGCGGGCUUGAGAAGGAAUUCCUUGGCAAUGUCUAGAUCUUCAUUGGAAUGAUCCAGAUCGUCACGAGCAAAGUUUGAUCUCUUGAGGACCACUUUCUUGCUGAGAACGAGGAUUUAAAGACCAUCACUCUCCUUCA